AUGGAGCUGUAUUCCAUCACCGAGCUCAUUAAGGACCUGUGUGAGCUGGUGCUGAUGGUGGCAGGGGCCAAAAAAGGCCUGGUCGGCCUCCCCCGCCCCCCCAGCCGUCACGACCGUCUCUUAUCUCAGCCGUCGAUGCCACGCUCGCUUGAUGUCUCAGUUCCGGAGCAGAGAUGUUCCAGCUGCUAUCUGGGAAGGCUCUGGCCCCCAAAAUAUUUAGUUAGCAGCCACUCAGUUAAGUGGAAUUGA